AUGUCUUGCGCCACGCUCAUAGAAAUUAUUCUUGCAAUUCUAAUAGCCCCCGUUGCCGUCUUUUUAGUUGCCGGGUGCGGAAUCGAUCUUCUGAUAAACAUACUGCUGUGCUUCCUGGGGUACGUACCAGCCUGCAUCCACGCCCUGUAUCUGAUAGCAGUUAAAAACAGACGCACUAAUUCAAAUGCCGCUAAUUGA